GGGUGAUCUCGACUUUUGCGAGUCCCAAAAAAAAGCCAUCGCCAUCCAAACUUGCAUGUAGUGGUGUUCACUGUGCCUUUAACACGAAGUCUGACGUUUCUAUGUAGUCGAAUGUAAUUGGCUGGCUGACUUCCGCAUGUUUGUUUGUAGGGAAGCAUGGCAAGAGAACCGUGGAACAGGAUAAACAUUCCCUUUCCUAGUGCUCUCUCUAGUGUCCGCAUACGUUUCAGCUCCAAAACAGAUGCAACUGUUAAGGCCCUGUUGGCGGAAAACGAGAAGGUCCUUAAGCUAAUCCGCAGUGAAAUUCUUCAAACGGAGAUACGAGUUCUCUACGAGCUGCUGUACAUCCUGAACAACAGCUUCAGAGGAAACAAGACGUUCAAGAGCUUAAAACAGGUUGAACAAUGUGUAAACCGGCUGAAGAACAUGAAGCUCGAUGUUGCUCUUCAGGAACUGACUGAUCUGUGCCCCAGUAAAACGAAAAGAGGACUGAGCUUCAAAGCUGGUGAGUGUGAUGUUCCCAGUCAACCCAUGCUGGAGUGGCUCUGCCUCAAAGUGCUGGGAGGGGCCCAGCUGAUGAGCUGCUCAUUGAAUCACUGCAACAAAGCUUUCUCACUCUCGAAGCAGCAGAUGAAAUGGGAGGAGUUUCUUAUCUUGAACAUGGUGAUAACCAGCAUGCUCAGUCGACUAUGGGUGAUUUUCCGCGGCGUCCUGGUCAGCCUGUCCACUCUGUACCAGCAGCUCCUGGCGUUCCUCAGCGAAGUGGCCCAGUCCCGGCCCAUGCCCUUCCUCACAGACUUCUCCCUGCCAGCAGAUAUGGCUCAGUUCUUGGGUCCCUCUGCAUUUUUACGUGCCAAACAACCAAAAUAUGAUUCCCUCAAUAAAGAACACAGGGCAAAGCAGCAGAGGAUGAAGAAGUCUUCUGGUAAGCUAGAGAACCAGAGAAAGGCACUGAAGGUUAAAGAAGAUCUGGGUGUUGCUAUCGAUAGAGAUAUAGCUAUUGACGCUGACAUGAAACCAUUUCUCAAGAUUUUCAGGAACUUUACAGAGGAAACUCACAAGGCUGACCCGAAACAAAAGUUCAGGAAACAAGUGAGAGAUGCGACUACUUUCACAGAUAUGACAACCUGUCUAGAUGAAAUGAUCAUAUGGUGCAAAUCCAAGAGGAUGAAAAAGGAAAAACGUCUCUUAACCUUCCUGCGUUUGAAGUGCCAGAAGUUUAAGUCUCUUGAGGCAGAAGGUUACAAUGUCCAGAGGAAAUUGCAGACCUUCAGACAGGAAGCUUGCUGGGCUUCAUCUCCUCGAGGGUCAGUGCCGAGAACCUGCCGUUCCUCUGCUGCAUUAAGGAGAAAAGCUCACGUGACAACUCGUUUUCAGUCACUUCGGGCUCGAUUUAAAUCUGCGGCAGUCAGAAAUGGUGCAAAAAAGAAAGGUUUGAAGAGAUGUCAGAAGAGUGAGUUAUCAGUGUCUGGACUGUCGGAGGAUGGUCAGAAAAGCAGGACUACAUUCGAGCAAACCCCUCUGACCACUGACUGUGAAAGCCACGACGAUAUAGAUGAUAUAUUUGCUUCUGCAGGUUUGUGAAUUAGACACAUCCAAGGAAACAAAUGUGCAGCUGAGCCAGGAUGCAGAAAGAGGAAUGUGUCAAUUUUGAAACGAAAACUGGAUGAAACUGGAUGCUCUAGGUGAACUGCUGAUUGGACAUUGACUGUUAUACUGUACAAACAGAAGCAGCUGAGUGACCAAACAAAGCAUCACAGCUAGGAUAUACACUGACUGCAAGAUCAAAAGUACUAGUAAGUAAGCAGAAAAUAUUUUAUUGGUGUUAUUUUUAAAGCAGAAAGUAAUGUUAAAGGUGAUGCAGUGUAACUGUGGACUAGUUUGGAAUGCCUGAAUACCAGUGAAUUUUGUACCUCCUGUAUGAUAAAAGCAGUUUAGGCACAUUAUUGUGGGGUAUACAGUAUUUAAAUAUUUUACAUGGGGCAAAUCCUGAGAGAGCAUUUGUUGAUGACAGCUGACAUCACUGCAUACUUCCCUUUUAGUCCUCACUGAAUUUGAAAUGCAGGACUGUGAAGCAUGUCUGCGUUAGGAAAACAUGUUUGCCAUUUCAGUGUCAGUGCAUAUUUUCUUAGACAGUGUAAAUCCAUAUUCACUAUAAUACAUCAGCAUUUUGCUUAUUAAAGCUGAUGGUCCAAAGGAGCAAGUGUUUAUUUUUUAGGAGACUUCUUUGAAUAGCUAUUUAUACCCUUUAAGAAGGUUUCAAAAUGAAGAGCUUAAUGAUUAAGUUUGAAAUGUGCAUUACUCAUUUAGACUGAUGCUGUUUGUUAAUGGUAUUAAACAUUAAAAGCAGCUAUAGAUCCUUUGAGACAUUCACACUUAUGCCAGCUACAGCAUAGGAGCAACAGGUUCAUUAGCUGGGAAAAGCACAUCCUGUUCUGUCCUCUUGAAAUAGCUUUAUAAUAGCAAACCUUUUCUUAUGUACAAGGCAAUAAAAUCUUUGUACAUACCCUACAAUUUGUAGAGGAGAUGGAUAAAGACUCCAUGUCUGAGGGGUUUUUAGUUGAUCUGACACCAACUGAGGAAACUGAGCCUCUUGUCAAAGCUGUACUGGUGUUUCUGGCUUCACCUGGUGGAGCUGAUCAUUUAUGCUGCAGUGUUUUCCAUGCUGUUAAUUCUCCUCUUGAGUGUAUGGAAAUAAACCUUCGACCUUGUUAGAGGCAACAUGAUAAAGAAAAGGGCCUCUACAUUUGAAUUUGGAACUGUAAACUAGACAAUGAGUGCUGAUAUGAACAGAACACACCUGGCAGUGUAUCAGUUAGGUAGAGCGGAGCUGUGCAGGCUCUCACAUAAAACCCAUACAGGUGUCUGGCACUCUA